UCUUCAUUUAGAAGAUCAAAUACUUUAGUCAGAUUGUAGGACACACUGUUUACAUAUUGAAAGUAUUAGCGAAAGUUUAGUCAAUAUUCAACGUGUUCGUGUACAAAAUUCUGAUUUUUUAUACAUUUAGUGAUUGAACAUGUUAUAAAGCUUUCAUUUAAAUUUAGGAUGUACCGAAUGUUGUACUUAUUACACUUCCUGGUUUUGUUUAUAUCGGAAUCAAAAGGUCAAGCGGGAUUUUGCAGACAGGACAAGCCAGUUGUACGAUUCUGCACUGAUAACUGGUUGACAAAUGUAACUGAUGUAUACAUAGACACAAGCAGCGUUCCAAUGUAUAUAGAAAUAGUUUGUGAAUGUACAAUAUUUCCUUUCGUCCCUGGAAUUAGAUUUACGUUUUCAUACUAUGACAGGGUGGUUCCAGGAAACAUGGUUUUCAAACUAAAUGACGUUUUGCUCAUUUCAAAAGUAAACAUCAACGUCUGGAAUGCUGACAGAGCAAACCUUUUGCUUCUCACUACAAAGAAUUACACCACUGAAGGAACAUGCCUAAUUAGUUCCUCAGGUACCCUGUUUUAAUUAUUGGUAUUCUGAAGUAAAGGCAAUUAAUGUCUACUGUUUGAUUCACUUAUUCAAUGAAACGUGACUGAUUACUAUACAAAAAUAGUUCAUCCUAAAGACAUCGAAUCGUGGUAUUGUCCGUAAGUAUAGACCUGACACUCCUAAAAAUUCCGUAUGUUAUUUUUAUAUUUAAUUCAUUUUCGGUGUCCGAACCAAAAUAACGAUAUAACUAUAGCAAACCAAUGAUAUACUUUUUAACACCAUCAGGUCGUAUGUGCAGACAAGGCGUUCAGCUGAACGUUAUAUGGUCAGACAGAGAACUAAAAUCCACAACCCUGAGAUUGGUAG